CAUACGUAUCAUAUACAUACAUACAUACAUACAUGCAUAUACGUACUACAUUCUACAUCGCUAUUUCACUUUACUUGUAUGGUUACUCGUAAUUGCUAUCGUCGUGUCGUCUGCUACGAUUUGCCACGAAGGCAACAAUCCGAAUUUCGUCUGGUCUCAUCGGGUGAGCCAGAAGACCAGAGCUAAGAUCGGGACCGCAGUCGAAGCCAAAAGUCGAGGGCCGAGGAUAUUGCGAGAUACGAUACGGUUGAACGCAUGUAAUAUAAAACGUUUAUUCGUUCGUUCUAGAGCUGUGAGAUUCGAGUAAUUAUCAAAAGAUCGUCUCGGCCGUGCAGAAAAUACGCAAACCAUAAUAAUGCCGUAUACAUAUAUUUAUUGUGAUUCGUGAUAUACAUAUGCGACUCGCGAAACACUCGGCAAAAUGCAGUGGCCCUCCCUCAGCGUUAUCCUUUCCCAGAUAUUUUUGGCAUAUAUCGUGUAUUCGAUAUAUACCCUGUCGCUGCUGUUCGUGUCACCGGCCUGCGAAGAUGGUAAACCGUGUCUCAAGUCGUACCUAAGUGAACGGCCGCAAUUGAAUCUACACGUCUACAGCUCCGUCAAGAAAAACCCCACGAGUAGAGAUAUCGAUCUCGUGUACUCGUCGCAAAAUUUCAAUUACAAUCGAGCGCAAACUAUUCCAAUGAUAUUAAAUAUUCCACGCGAAACGCGGCGAAAUGGAACAUUGUUUUUACAUAUACUAUUAGUUCCUACUUCCGCAAAACAGAGCAGAUCGUUCAUCGAAUUGCAAAAAGAUAUAUUUACUUCUUAUACUACAAUUAAAAUGACACAAUACAUGGUACCUGAAGCAGAAGCAUUUAGGCUGUUGGGCAAGAGAGAUUCCAGUGUCAAGAAGGCCAAUGAGAUUGCCGUACACCUAGUCUCGCACAUCAAAAGUCGUGUGACUUUUACAAUAAUGACAGACAAUAUUAUGCUCCCUGUAUAUAGCAUGCCUGCCGAACUCAUGAAUCAUAUAAAAAUAAUUGCCAAACAGACAUUCCUGCCCAUCGUCAACUACGAUUUCUUACAAACGCGACACCGGGAUCUUCAACGGAUUACUUUGCAGAAUAAUACCAUGAACGUCACGAUAGAGUAUUCGCCUGUAUCUUUAGGAAAAUUACGAUUGGUGCUACAUGUGCAGGCGACCGUGGAGAACCUCAAGAAUCUCGGUUUCUCCGACAAGGACAUUGAUGAAGUAAAGGGCAUCUUUGCAGAUACCAACAUUUACUUAUUAAGUGGUACUUUCUUCAUCGCGGCUAUACAUUUGCUGUUUGAUUUUCUUGCAAUUAAAAACGAUGUCAGUUUUUGGCGAAAGAAGAGUAAUCUCAUAGGCCUUAGCAAAUGGACCGUAAUGUGGCGUGCAUUUAGCCAGACUGUCAUUUUCCUUUAUCUUUGCGAUGAGGGUUCUUCUUUACUCGUUCUUAUUCCGACUGGUAUCGGCACUGUUAUCGAGCUGUGGAAAUUGAAAAAGAUAUCCAGAGUACAGCUAAUUAGCAGCAAUAGCAUUUUGCCAAGAAUACAGUUCAAAACUGAUGAUAUCGAUGCAGCAGAGGUAAAAACUAGAGAAUUUGAUGCUGAAAGUAUGCGUUAUUUGAGUUAUCUGUUAUAUCCGCUGAUCAUGGCCGGUGCAAUCUAUUCGCUCCUUUAUCAACCGCAUAAAAGUUGGUAUUCUUGGAGCAUAAAUUCGAUGGUAAAUGGUGUCUAUGCAUUCGGAUUCCUCUUUAUGUUGCCGCAAUUGUUUGUUAAUUAUAAAUUGAAAUCCGUGGCACACCUGCCGUGGAGAGCGUUCAUGUACAAAGCGUUUAACACGUUCAUUGAUGAUGUGUUCGCUUUUAUUAUAACAAUGCCGACAGCUCACAGAAUAGCAUGUUUUAGAGACGAUGCUGUCUUUCUGAUUUAUCUAUACCAAAGAUGGUUAUAUCCAGUGGAUAAAUCGCGUAUGGAUACCAAUACGAUUACAGAAGAAACUGUUGAUCUCGUUAACAAGACGAACAAGAAAAUAAAUUAAUGAUUCCCCUUUAUUGUCAUCAUUUUUCUUCGUGGCCUAUUGGAAAAAUUACAUAAUUUCAUACAUCGACACGUUAUCAUGCGCUCACAAACAGUAUUUAUAUCGCUAAUGUAUGAAAAAUUUCAUUUAUAAUACAUGGUUUUUGUUAUAAAAAGCAAAAGAAAUAUA